ACCCUACCUCCUCUCUCUUUUCCCAUUUCUAUUCUUCUAUCUCUUUCUCGUGAUCUUAUCUCUCCCUCUUUCCCUCCACAGUUUCAGAAGAACAAAUAGUUAGGUUAGAGCAGGAGGAGGAGGGAGAAGGAAGAGUUGGGUUUCAAGUUUCAAUUCCCGAUGAUCACUUUUGAUUGCCCAGUCUCUUUUUUGUCUUUCAGUGUCUUCUUUUUUGUCUGCUUCUGAUCAUAGCUUGUUGAAUAAAGCUAUCAUCUACCAAAAGCUAUAGGCUUAAAGUGUCUUCACUUUAAGCUGAUUGGAGGAUACGGGGGCUGUCUUCCACCAGAUCUGAUCAGCUACCAAGUUUCAGUUUUAUAUUCUAAGGUGUACGUAGAAGCAAUAUGAAUUCAUUUUCACAUGUACCCCCAGGUUUUAGAUUUCACCCGACAGAUGAAGAACUUGUGGAUUACUACCUGAGAAAAAAAGUUGCUUCAAAGCGGAUUGAUCUAGAUGUUAUCAAAGAUGUUGAUCUUUACAAAAUCGAACCAUGGGAUCUGCAAGAACUUUGCAGAAUAGGAAACGAGGAGCAGAAUGAAUGGUACUUCUUUAGCCAUAAAGAUAAAAAGUAUCCGACUGGAACUCGGACGAAUCGGGCAACAAAAGCAGGAUUUUGGAAAGCAACAGGAAGAGACAAGGCUAUUUACACCAGGCACAGUCUUAUUGGUAUGAGAAAAACUUUGGUGUUCUACAAAGGACGAGCUCCAAAUGGUCAAAAAUCAGAUUGGAUCAUGCACGAGUAUCGACUUGAAACUAAUGAAAAUGGAACUCCUCAGGAAGAAGGAUGGGUGGUGUGCAGGGUGUUCAAGAAGCGAAUGACAGCAGUAAGAAAAAUGGGUGACUACGAUCCACCCUGUUGGUACGACGAUCAGCUCUCGGCCACUUUCAUCCCUGACCUCGACUCUCCUCGUCGUCUUCCUCCAUUUAAUCAUCACCACCAUUUCCCCUGCAAACAAGAACACUACACUGAACCCUCCUUCCUUCAGCUCCCUCACCUCGACAGCCCCACCCCUCCUUCUGCAACUUCAUAUUCUCCAACUCUGUACCAACAGUCAAUUCUUGCUAAUAACAACUCCCAACAAGCCAUGGAUUGGCGAGUGCUCGACAAAUUCGUUGCGUCUCAGCUCAGCCACGAGGAUGCCUCUAACACCUUUCAACACAUGAAUAUGCUACUCCAUGAUUCCAAGAGGACCUCCGACAACAUUGGUGAUCAUCAGGAAUAUGCUUCCACAUCCACUUCUAGCUGCCAUAUUGAUAUGUGGAAGUGAAAGCAUAUUAUAUAUAUAUAUAGAAACUAGAAUGAUAAUGAAUACUGAUUAUAGGAACUACGUACAGUUUAUCAUUAAGAAGAAACCAGACUAUGAGGACUCUUUUACAUAUAAAUAUCAUGCAGCAUGCUGUACAUAAUAAAACUAAAAAUAUAUAUGAGCUAUUUCUUUAGCUAUAUAUAUAUAUAUAUAUAUAUAUAUGGUGUCCCUGUGUAUUGAUAAAUAUAUAUACUAGGAGGUGAGAAGGGUACAAUAGACUGCAAACAUAUGCCGACUACAAAUUAAUAAAUAUUACUAUGUACUUGGGUAAGUGAAUUGUAUGGCCAAGUACCGUUGUUUGAACUCACUUGGCAAAUGUUGAACAUUACAUUUUGCUGCAUUAUAUCAAUGCAGCUAUAUGCAUA